GACAAGUUUCAUGCAUCGUCUCAUUAAAGAGGCGUGAUUGUUCGACCCAAGUAUAGGUCAAUCUUUUGUUACUCUGUUAUAUCUUUCAAAAUGAACUCCGGAUUUUUAAAAAGCCCAAAGUCUUCGAAAAAGAACAUGAAUAACUCGAGAUUGAAACUUGACUCGCCCAAGUCAGUGAUGAAACCAAAACUUCAAGAGGGCGGCAAAACGAAUGGAAAAGAAAAAACGAACAACACUAACAGCUUUCAUCUCACAGUCUCCGAGAAGAGCCAUGCACUGAAAAUCAAGAUUGGCGGUGCCAGUGAACGAGUCGACAGUGAUUCCAUAAUCAAGCGACCUUUAGUGGACCGCCAACGUUUGUCUAGCAUUCAGUCGCACAGGUACAAACCGUACGAAAGAUUGAGGCGAGACUACCAUUCAAUUUCUCAUCCCACUACUCCGACUUCGGGCGUGUCGGAAGGAAAUUCGUUUUGUAAUAAAAAUUUGAAUCGUGGUUCUCCACCAAGAUCGCGAGGCGUCAUUCCAACCCCUAUUAGUAAAGGUGGUUCGCUUAGUCCCGCAGCCAUCCUUAUGCCACCGCCUUCGAGACCUUCUUCGCCGAUUCUCUCAGCAGCAGGAAGGAGGACUUUUACUCAGAGACCAAAAUCUACAUCAACUCCCCUUCAAUCCUCUUCAUUCACUAAUCAAAAGAAAAUUUACCCUUUGGCAGGCAAAGAAGUGCUAAAUGCUACCCUUCAAGUGGUGGGUUCGGUCGGAGUUUCAAUUGAAACACAAAUUGGCCGGCUAAAUCCUACCGCAAUCAACAGGGGAAGCAGCAGGGACAGUCUUGUUGCUGGAACGCAAAAAUUGUCUCAGCAACAAGACCUUAAUCUCAGCACAGCAAGCUGUCUUUCCGUUAUUAGAGCCAGGCAAAGUGUUUCGAAAAAGAGAGCAAAGGAUCAACUAUAUCAUCAUUUAAAUGAAGUCGUUGAUGUACAGGAAAUCCUUUAUUCUUUAAGCACUGAAAGCCAAGCACGUAAAGAUUUUCUUGAUGGUGAAAGAGGUGCUCCUCGCCUUGCUACGGCAGACGUCAAUGCAAUUGAAACCAUUCAUCGUUUAACUUCUUUCAAACGUCCGAAGACAGUGAGUGAGUUCCUUUUGAAUCAGGAAGCCUCUCAACAACAGGCGUCCAAGCAUUUUAAAUUGUUAAUGGAAGGCCGCGAUGAAAUCCCCGAUGGCGCCAACGUCUCUUACUUGGAAUCCAAAUUGAUCAUCCAGCGGGUUCAAAGUAGUGGCUACUUUCAACUGAAGCGAAAUAUUAAUGCUAACGUGAAACUGGAAACUGAAAAAUGAAAUAAGUUUUUUUUUCUUUUUACAUUUUGAAACAUUUUACUCAAUAUUUGAAUUGUUUCGUUUUUAAGUUUGUUUUUCAAUUUUUGUUCCAUUCAUUAACCAAGAAUUACUUUUUAAAACAGCGUAUGUAUACGUGUGUAAUGUGUUAGUGUCACAUCCGUUGCGUGUGAAAAUAAUCUAUGCAUUACUAGUACUAGCUUGUGUGCGGUAAUAUAGAAAAAUACAUUGACCAAAUCUGAA